AUGUCUCCGCCGCCCCUCCCUCCCUCCCCCUCCGGAUCGACCGAGCGCCUCGCCGAGGAGCUGGCUCCCCUCGUCGACCAGCUCAAGAGCCUCAUCGCGAACCCCCCAAUUACUCUGGCACAGGCCCUGGCGGCCACCGAGCCCCUCUUACGUUUGCGACACACAUUCGUCGAUGAUGCACGACCACGAACCGCCAAGGAUGCAUUCCGGCAUCUGGCGGGGUUCCAAACCCUGCUGACCCUGGCGGACCAGCUGGCGGAUUUGUAUGAUCCGGUCAAUUUCUCCCUAGAGGAACGCAAAAGCGUGCUGAGGCUCGUGAAGGAUGUUCUCGGGACGUUGGCGGGCGGACUGAAGGACCAUCUGGGCAACCGGCGAUACCUGGCCCGAAAAGUGCCGGGAGGAGGCACGGCGGCUCUCGAGCGAGCGCUCACUGUCCUUGCCGGCAAAACAAAUCAAUUUCGGGGAGAUGCAGACCAAUUGUACGGAGCCAUCCUGGCUGCCGCCCUCUGCCAAGAGACCGUGGCCGAUAUAUUUGUCACCACCAGGACCAAGUUCCCGCAGCCUAAGAGCUCGCCUUCGGUCCAAGAAGUUCAGGUUACCGUGAACCAGUUCCUGCGGCCUGCAGAGACAGUCGAGGUUGCGGAGUUGUUGGGCCCGUUCCUCCGUAUGUGGGUGGUUCACUCGGCGUCUCCGGGAAUCGACAUCGACAUCGACAUCUUGCGCCUGGCAUUGCCGGCGUGCCUUUGCCAAUUGGCAUCGCAGUCGCGGAGGAACGUUGUAGCUUUGCAUGCCACGGGCAUGCUGACCUCCAUUCUGCCGGUUCUGUUCGAUGACGGCCGGUCCGAUCCAGAAAGAGCUCUGUACCAUGAUUUGGCACGCUGCCUGAGCGUUCAGGGCAUGUGUAACUUGGAUGAUGCCGUGGCUCUGUACCGCCACGCACAUGGCAAUCCACAAGUCUUAAAAUUCCUCGUCUCUGCGCUUAAGUAUUCUAAAGAACCGCCCUCUAUCCAGUUCGAUAUGUCCUUGCAUGGAUUCUGUUCUGUCGAGUUCGCUACUCUAGGCCGCGUGUUUCCCCCAACUGCCUCUGCUGGCUACACUUUGGCUGCCUGGGUUCGCUUUGAUCAGUUUGAUGUGAACACACAUACUACCAUUUUUGGAGCCUUUGAUUCCAGCCAAACCUGCUUCCUCCUUGCCUAUCUGGAAAAAGAUACAAGGAAUUUCAUCCUACAAACAUCCAUUCGAGGGCCACGGCCUAGUGUGCGGUUCAAGUCAGCCAAGUUCGAGCCAAAUCACUGGUAUCAUAUUGGCCUCGUCCAUAAAAGACCCAGGCCGGGGGUUUCCUCGCGAGCUUCUCUGUUCAUAGACGGUGAAUUUGUGGAACAGCUGAAGAUUGACUACCCGUCCGUUCCUACUAGCAAUCACCCAAACCGACCUCCGCGGAUUCAGGCGUUUUUUGGCACGCCUCAAGAUUUAGCCAUGCGCCUUGGAAAGGGAGUAUCUACCUCUCAAUGGUCUCUCGCAAAUGGCAUUCUCUUCGAAGAGGCAUUCAGCGAUGACAUGGUGGCAGUCUUCUAUAAUCUUGGGCCUCGAUACUUUGGAAACUUUCAAGAUUGCCUGGGGUCUUUUCAAACUUAUAAGGCAUCCGCGACCCUCAAUCUACGGAAUGAACACUUGCAUCCUGGAAAGGAAGAAAGUUCAGAUAUUGUCACCGCCAUCCGGAGGCGAGCAAGCACACUGGUCCGCGAGACUUCCAUUUUAAUCAAUGUUACUCCAGUUGCUGUUCUUGACGAUGACGAUAGCAAUAACGUGGACGAGUCAGAGCUUAUCAAGUGUCUUUCGAGGCAAGCGGCAAAAAGUUUACAACAACUGACCAAAGCCGGUGGCAAUGCUGUGGCGAUCAACGGAUCUACACCUGCUAUUAAUGAUGGGUUAACUCAACCUCAGGGGGUAGGCAUCCUGACCGGAGAACCUGUUGUCGCCAUCCCCUGGUCUCUGGAUGAUGCUAGCUGGUGUUUGGGCGGCUGCGCCGCCGUUCAUCUUAGCUUGAUCCAGGCCGCCGACUCCGCGCAAAGCACCCGCCUGGCUGUUGAGGCCCUUUACGAGGCUGUUCAAGAUAACUGGAGAAACAGCGAGGCCAUGGAAAGAGACAAUGGAUACGGUAUACUGGCAUCUCUGUUGCGCGACAAGCUAGGUUUCCAGCUCGGUACUUCCACCCCAACGCUCAGAGCUGUAGCUGUUAGCCCUAACCAGGAGGAGCAAAAUUCACUCGCUCUUGAUCUUCUACGUCUUACGCUUGCUUUUGUUGGGUAUGAUUUUGAGAAACCAAGCCAUUCCAUUAUCUCCAAUCCGCUCGCCUACCGUGUGCUGCUUGUUGAUCUGGAUAUCUGGCGGUUUGCGGAUGUUCGGACCCUGGAGUUGUUCUAUUCGCAAUUUCGCGUAUUUGCAUCUGAGGGUAAUUACCGUCGAUUCAAUGCCAGGAGACUUGGCCGCAUGCGCGUCAAUAAAAAAAUCCUCGAGACCUUGAAGGGCAAUGAGAUCACAAAUGAAACUCUCAUCCCCUGUCUUGCCGCCUUUCGAGGUUUGAUGGAAAGCAACAUGUCUCCUGAUCUCCUUCGCUCCCUGGCUCUAUCUAUUACCUAUAACCUCCACCGACCAAAAACCCCUAUGGGAUUGCAAAAGAAAAAGAGUCUCAGAUUUGCCACGGUGACCUCCAGACCACCUUCAUCAAAGUCUGACUCCGAAAAAUAUUUGCCUCCCACUACCUUGGGUGUUGAGAUGCUACGUCUGUACUCUACUGUGCUCUGUAAUAAUCUUGACUCUUCGCCUUUGAAAAAGUUUGCCAAAGCAGUCACUAAUAAGUGGCUUUUAUAUCUGGCAUGUGAGGAUGACUCGGAAGUUGUUGUUCAUGCUGUCAAGAUUCUAUCUCGAUUGCUGGUAAUUCAUGGAAGUAGUUACAGCAAGAAGUUUUCCGAGAAGAACGGGGGUUACAUAAUUCUAGAACACCACCUGAAACGGUGGUGGAAUAUCCCUGCACUGUGGCCCAUCUGUUUUGGCAUUCUCUUUGGACAAGAUGUCGCUGUUUUGGAGCUUGAUAAACCAUUCGACGCUUCGGGUUUCAUCAACAUGUUCCUGUCAGGGGGCGACCUGCGUAUCGUGUUUCCCGAAAUGCUCACGGUAAUUAUGGGUAUGCUGAAGAGCGGACUGAGGAGCUCAGUCCUGGCAACUGAAACAGCAACAGAGACAAGCGGACAAGAGAGCCUUGAGAGUCGCGCCGCUGCAUUCAAAAAACCGCUGAUGUCGACAUGUAAUAUAACGGAUCUCCCGUCCUCCGACAAGCCAGUGCAUGGCUUCUCCGUCAUUUCUACGAUUGUCGAGUUUUUGGAUGGACUACGCUCACGAUCCCGAAACUUCCAGGACUUCACGGUCACCUUCGGUUACGCUCAAGAGCUUCUGAUGAUCCUCUAUCCCACUAUCGUGGGCACCGAUUCCAUCGGACCCAACAAUGAACUUGUCUCCCCACACAGUGGUAUCAGUUUCGACGAUAGUACUUUGGUUUUACGGCCUCGUUCAAGUGCUGCCAAUAUUGCCUCUAGCCUUUUGACUAGCACUGUUGAUGCUCUAGGCAAUCCGGAGGAGAGCAUCGGUUCUUUGCCUCGGAGAUCCUCUUUUAUCCUGGUUUCAUCUGAAAAGGCAAAACACCAGCCAUCCUCUGCGCGCAUCCGGCGCGUAGUGAACCCUAUUUACUCUGGAGACGGAGGUGCGGCAGAUCAUCCUAUUGUUAAGGCCAUCUCUGGACUUGUUCUCGCUGUCUUUGAAGAUCAACUUUUGGAGCGAAAGGAUUUUUCGGGUCUCGGGCUGUAUCACAAAACCCCACCUGGGUUCCUGGAACAGCAGGCAUAUUUCAAUUCGUGGAUUUUCAAUAGUAUUCUGGAGAGAUUGAAAGACAUACCUUCGUCCAAGCCUCGCCUUCUCCAUGAACCCCGGACUCUCACCAACCUUGCCCGUUUUGCAACCCAUCUGGUUGAGGCAGUCUAUGAAGGGUGGUUCAUAGAUGGCGCUGCUACCAGCCUUGAGUACCUGGGUACAAUCCUGGAGUACCUCCAGCGUCCUGAUAUUUCCCCUCUGAAGAGUAUCCGGCUGUGUAGCCAAGCAGUUGCGACGCUUCACACUGCUCUUUACAAGAUCAUUUUGUUUCAGCUGUCGGAAGCAGAUGACAGCGAACCACUACCAGUUCUGAAGCGCUUGAAUUACUGGCAAGUAGUGCUUCUCGGGGCAGCGGAGACUCAAUCGAAACAUCUCCAAUUAUUGUGCUAUCUUCUUUAUACGAAGCUGAUCAGCAAAGAAGAAAGUAUUCGCUUGGCAGCCGCAAGUCUCUGGCGAAUCAUUCUGGUUCAAAAGCCGGAUGAGGUAGUGAAUCUCUUAAGUCAUGGCCCCGUGACCCUCCAGCGUCGACUUGCGGAUGGAUUCGAAGCGCUCGCCGGCAUGGACGACGAAGCCUUCCUACAGUGGAUUGAUGAUCAGCGAGAUGAUAUGGAUGCCUUGUUCUUCGGUAUUCUCUUUAGACAGUGGGAGAGCUUUGUCCUAGAAGAGAAUCUCAGGAGCGAGGAAUCUGCUAGGAGUCGACUCUCCAGACGCAAAGAUAGGUUACGACAAUGGUCCCAGCUGGAGAAGUUUGAUGAAGAGGUCAUUCGCAAGCACGAUGCCACGUUGCCCCAUUGGAUCUCGAACAUCUCGGCAUCGGAAUUCUUGAAGUCCCAGAGAUUUCUGCAAGACCUCCAAGAUAACUCCACUUUCAUGUGGUCUGCAUUUUCCAAUUUGCUACUCGACUUGCGACGCCCUGGCGGUCUUCUUGCUGAAGACAAAGACCGAAAAUGGAAACUGGAUCAGACGGAAGGUCGAAGUCGGAUGCGUCUACGAGUCGUCCCUGAUGAUUCUGGCGAGCGGCAAGAUUACCAACCUAAGCGGAAGGCGUCUGAACUUCCUGCACCCAAGCUUGACACCCGUCUUCGAGCGUUAUCUGCAGGAGAGGCUGUCUCGACCCCUGUUGGACUGGCUGCAGAACAGGAACCUGUGGAUAGUGAUACUCAAGAGGCACAUGACGUUGAUGGUGAAAGCCCUAGCAUGCUGGAGGAGAACUUCGAGAUGAUCGACGAUCCGAAGUUUGAGAUUGGAGACUACGAAGAUAAGAACCGGAAGGUCAUGCGAUCUCUGCAUAGAGGUGACCAAGUCCAGAACGUGUGCAAUAUGUCGAGAAUUAUCGGUCUGGAGGCUGUGGAAGGCCUUUUGAUCCUAGGAAAGGAUUGCAUUUAUAUCCUAGACAAUUUUUUCCAGCGAGCUGAUGGCGAGAUCGUUAACGUCUGGCAAGCUCCCUCCGAAGAGCGAGAUCCAUAUGUGCGAAUGAUUGCCGGACGGGAGUCUAAUGAUCGUCGCUCCCAGGACCAUGAGACUAGAAGCUGGAAGUGGUCUGACCUGGUUAGCGUGUCUAAGCGACGCUUCUUGUUCCGUGAUGUUGGAUUAGAAAUCUUUUUCACUGAUGGUACGAGCUAUCUUCUGACGUUCUUUUCCGCGCGCGUUCGAGAUGAAUUGUGCAAUCAACUUGGCAACAAAGCGCCUCAAGUUACUGGAAGCGCGGGGCAUUCUCGACCCGAAGAUAUUUGGAGAUUUGAAACUCUUCGAAGUCAAGAAGACGCACCUCAAUCUCUUGGGUCCAAAUUUGGCAGCCUCUUUGGACACCUGCCAGCAAACCCAGCGACACGAAAAUGGGUCCGAGGCGAGAUUUCUAACUUCCAUUAUCUCAUGUUGAUCAAUACCCUCGCUGGACGUACGUUCAAUGACCUGACGCAAUACCCGGUUUUCCCAUGGGUCCUGGCAGACUAUACAAGUGAGGAACUGGACUUGACAAACCCCAAGUCUUUCCGUGAUUUAUCCAAGCCCAUGGGUUGCCAGACUCCAGAUCGCGAAGCAGGCUUCCGAGAGCGUUAUAAUGCCUUCGCAGAGAUGGGCGAUGACAACUCCCCGCCAUUCCAUUACGGAACCCACUAUUCAUCUGCGAUGAUCGUCAGUUCAUAUCUCAUACGUCUCCAGCCUUUUGUGAAAUCAUACCUUCUUCUCCAAGGUGGCACCUUCGAUCAUGCAGAUCGACUGUUCUACUCUAUUCGCAAGGCGUGGGAGUCCGCAUCGCGGGGCAACAUGUCCGAUGUCCGAGAACUGAUCCCCGAGUUCUUUUACCUCCCAGAGUUCCUGACAAACUCGAACAAAUACGAUUUUGGACUCCUACAGAACAUGACUGCAAUUGACUCCGUUGAACUACCACCUUGGGCCAAAGGUGACCCUAAGAUUUUCAUUGAGAAACACCGGGAGGCACUUGAGAGCCCCUACGUGUCGGAGAACCUGCAUCAUUGGAUUGAUCUCGUUUUUGGCAGCAAGCAGAACGGCGAGGCUGCUGUGGAGGCCGUCAAUGUUUUCCACCAUCUAUCUUACAAGGGAGCGAAGGAUUUGGAUGCAAUUGAUGAUCCAAUGGAGCGUUUGGCAACGAUUGGAAUCAUCCAUAACUUCGGACAAACACCUGGCCAAAUCUUCCAGCGAACACAUCCCCAGCGCGAGGACUCCCGAUAUCGUGUUCCGCGACUAGAUACUCUUGCGGAAUCGUUGACUCAGAUGCCACUCUCGCUUCUUGAUAUUGAGGAACGAGUCGCGACGCUGUCCAUGAAACAGGAUCGCCUGUUAUGUACGGCUUCCCUGAGACUGAACGUCCCCCCUCUAUACGAUCACUACAUGGAGUGGGGCUUUUUUGACGGCAGUGUGCGCUUCUAUGCAACAGAUAGUCGCAAGCUCCUCGGACAUUUCGAGCACCUUCAUGUCGGCCAACUCUCCCACGCCAGCUUUGCCGACUCCCGCACGCUCAUUACCUGUGGCACGGACUGUACUAUAUCUCUGUGGACAGUGACUACAACGCCGAGGGCAGUUGAUCUGCAGCCGGUGGGAUCACUAUUCGGUCACCGUUGCCCAGUAACAGUUCUCGCCGUUUCCCGGUCCUUCAGCGCUUUGCUCUCUGCAUCUGGAGAUGGCCGUAUCAUGCUAUGGGAUUUGAACCGGCGAUGCUUCGUGCGGGAGCUUCCGGCAACGGGGAUAGUUAAUUGUGCUCGCAUUAACGAUGUCACUGGAGACAUCAUCAUCUGCCGCGGCAACCGCAUCACGAUGUACACGCUCAACGGUGAUCUUCUGGUCGACCAACCGGUCUGCGACUCUCCUGAUGAUCACGUCCUGUCCUGUGUGUUCUACGAGGGUGUUCAGAACGAAUGGCUGGAGCGUGAGCUUGUGCUCACGGGUCAUAGCCGCGGUGUGGUCAAUAUCUGGAGCAAGGUCAUCCAUGGCGGACAGUUCGAGCUGGAGCUCAUUCGACAACUUCACCAUACUGACAGUAGUCGGGACAACGGAGCCAAUAUAUCGUCUGGCAUCAGUUGCAUUCUGGCCCUCCCUCAAGUUGUUUAUACUGGAGAUGAGGCAGGUCGAGUGUAUGAGUGGAAUUGCAUCCAGCGACGCUGA